CACCUGUCGCAUUCUCGCACCUCGCUUCACUUCUCUCUCCUACUGCCAUGUCCGACUACGGCGACGACCCGGACGCCGCUCUCUACGACGACUUCGACUUUGACGACGACGACGCCUGGCUCUACAUCCCGGAAGACGACACAGCCGCAGACGCCCUCGCCGAGCACGCCGUCGCCUCUCCUCCGCCCUCCUUCACGCCCGGCGACGACGGCUACGACUCCGACGUCUUCGCCUACUGGAUCGACAUCGAGUACAACUCGGACGGCUACCACGACGCCGAGCCCCACCACCAACAACCCCUCUCCAAAAAGCGCAGGAGGACGCGCGCGCCUGGGUCCCCGCCGAAGAAGAAGCGCAGGGCUGCGUCUGCGCAAGAUAGUGAGGAGGAUGCGGAUGGCGCAAAGCUAUCUCCCACCCCGACCGUGGUCUGGCUCUCGCGCGCCAGGCGCCAGGACCUCGCCGACCGCGUAUCGCGUGGCAGGCCCUUCGCCGCUGAGUCCAAGGACACGUUUGCGCUGCUGAAGGACUGGCGGACGCGGUUUGCGUCGCCUACGCCAAAACCCAAACCUAGCCCCGAAACCACAGCCGACAAACCCACGGCAAUACCGGACAACGCAGCAGACGACGCCGACGAAGAAGACGACUGGGAAGAGGAAGACGGGGAUGAAGCAAACCCCGAAGCCACAGACCUGAACGACCUCCUCGGCCCAUCCGGCAUUGACCCCGCCGCACUAACGCGCGCCCUCUCGGAGAACCUCGCCGCAGCCGGCGGCACCAUUCCCGCAGGCCUAGACCAGGCCACGCUGCUGCGGUACGCGCUGCGGAUGCUCGGCGGCGCCCCCGCCGCCGACGAAGACGAAGAGGGAGAAGCAGGAGCAGACGACGCAGAUGCCAUCGCGGGCGAGCUCGCGGACGAGAUGUUUGCGGCUGCAGAGGACGACGAGGACGCAGAAGGCGAGAUUGAGGCGUGGGUGAGGGGACGGAGGGGAGAGGCUGGGAAGGAGAACGAGAGUGUCGAUGGGGGGCCUGUAGAGGAGGAAGUUCCGGGUGGCAGAGAUGCAGAUGCCCCGCCCGACCCGUCGCCGCCGCGCACCCGCAAGCGCAAGCGUAAAGCUGCUACGCCUGCUGCUGCUGAUGGCGAUGGCGAUGGCGACGCGGAACCGGAACCGGAAUCGGAAUCGGUACCGGUACCCGAGCCCGAGCCCGAGCCCGAGCCCGAAGAGCAGGCGCCCCGGCCGAAGCGCGCAUGCAGGUCAUUCGAGCGGCCGACGGCAACGAGUCGGGCGAAGGCGGUGGGGAGGGAGAACGGUGGUGGUGGAGGUGGAGGUGGAAGUGCCCGAGGAGGCAGGGGCAAAGGCAGGGGCGGCAAGCGCUGAGCUUGUCGACUACUGUCUAGUGCAUUAGCUAAACUCUCUCUCUCUCUCUCUCUCUCUCUCUGUGUGUGUGUAUGCGGCAGGCUUUUGUUUUUGUUUUCUUUUCUUGCUCUCUCGGUGCUACGUACGGUACGCGUAGAUGUCUUCCUUACCCAUCCAGCCAGCCAGCCAGGCAGUGGCGCUCUCAGGGGUAGGAUGGUGGUUGGUGGUUAUGACUGCUGAUGCAGUGGUGUAGUGUGAUGGCUGUUUUAGUACCUACUUAGGUUAGCUUGGGGGGAGUUGGCUUGAGGGGAGGGUGUGUGCUGGUGGUGCCUUCCUUCCAUGCGUCUCUACCUACCUUACCUACCUCUCCAAUCUAACCAGCCAAC